GAAUAAUCUCAAUCAUCUGCUCCGCCGUGACUUCUCUCCGUGUGUGCGACCGGAAUUUAAACAUGACGUUUUGAUGGAGCUGCUAUGACAUCACCGGGGUCCGUUGCACUUGCCGGGCUGGAAUACGAUCUGGAAACGUCAAGUGUGUAAUGUGAACGUCCGUCGACGCACGAACACCGGCUCCGUCGUUUUGACAAUUAACGCCACACCUAAGUCACGCGAUUUAUUUAUCGCAAACCUACAGGCACGUACACUUGCAACGUACGUACCAGGAGGGAGUCCUGUUUUCCCUCGAGAUACUCCAGGAUACUCCAUGCAGUUUGGCUGUGAUUAUAUUAUCUGUAAUUUCGUCCUGUAUGUAACACGAUUCUCUGCCGGAGUCGCCGGAGAUCGCACGAGGGUGUAGAUUUGUAGAAACGCUCGGAUCCCCGAAUCCGUAGAAAGGCGUAAUCGCGUAAUCCUAGAGACGGCGAAACGUCUCUAUGAGACCACCUUCUCGUAGCGCUGAGCAGAUCUACGCGUAGAGCGUGCUGCGGCCAAAAAGUUGUAUUCAUGCCUUUUUGUCUGAGAGGUAACGCAACUUGCAAAAUGGAAGAAUAUUCUGUCGCGUCUGACGUGUCGGUGGUGGACGUGUACGACAUCGCAUCGGAGAUAGGGAAGGAAUGCGAGAAGCUCAUAGAUCUGUUUGGGGUGGAGUCGGUUACCAAUCUGAUGCCAAAGGUGAUAAACGCUUUAGAGCUACUCGAGAAUCUCGCCACCAAGAACGAGCGCGAAAAUACCAUGGUACAGGAGCUGAGUGCCAAGAUCUCUCAGCUUGAGAGCGACAAGAUUGGGAAGGCUGAGGAUAGGCAACGAUUUGAAAAGGAACUGGAGCAAAUCGAAGAACACUGGAGACAAGAAUCCCGUGACUUAGUAGCCAUGGUUACUAGAUUACAGGAAGAAAACAGACGAUUAGCCGAAGCUCUGCAAGAAUCACGUAGCGACAGUCAGUACAGCAGUAAACAAACAACUAUCACAGCUAGUCAGGAGGUUGACGUAGCCGUUCUGCAACACUUGAGGUCCAUGAUAGAUAAACAACGAGAUCAGAUUCGUGCUAGAGAUCGAGAAUUGUCGCAAAAAACUGCAGAGAUUGAAAAUGUAAAUUGGUAUAUUUAGGUGUAUAUAGGCAAUUGGAUGAUUUUUCAUAAUAGAUAUAGGCUACGGUCAACGUGACGCUACAA